AUGGGGAGCAUUUUCCUGCAGCUGGUGGCCGUUCUCGCGCUCUGCUUUGCACCGGCGAGGUCGGACUGGCUCCCGGGCACCGCCACGUUCUACGGCGGCGCCGACGGCUCCGGCACGAUGGGUGGUGCGUGUGGGUACGGCAACCUGUACGACCAGGGCUACGGCAUCAACAACGCGGCGCUGAGCACAGCGCUGUUCAACGGCGGCGCGUCGUGCGGGCAGUGCUACCUCAUCAUCUGCGACUCCUCCAAGGCGCCCAACUGGUGCAGGCUCGGCAAGGCGGUCACCGUGACGGCCACCAACUUCUGCCCGCCCAACUGGGACCUCCCCAGCGACAACGGCGGCUGGUGCAACCCGCCCCGCCCUCACUUCGACAUGGCCGAGCCCGCCUGGCUCCAGAUCGGCAUCUACGAGGCCGGCAUCAUCCCCGUCCUCUACCAGCAGGUGAAGUGCUGGAGGAGUGCAGGCGUGAGGUUCACCAUCAACGGGUUCAACUACUUCGAGCUGGUGCUGGUGACCAACGUGGCCGGGAGCGGGUCGGUAGCGAGCAUGUCGGUGAAGGGGUCCAGCACGGGGUGGAUCCAGAUGUCGAGGAACUGGGGCGCCAAUUGGCAGUGCCUCGCCGGAUUGGCCGGCCAGGCUCUCAGCUUCACGGUCACCUCCACCGGCGGCCAGACCAUCGUCUUCGACGGCGUUGUGCCGGCGGGGUGGUCGUUCGGCCAAACCUACAGCACCUACAAACAGUUUGACUACUAAGCUAGCUUCAUACGUCAAGAGCAAUUAAUAGAGCAUCGUCUGAUCAUCGAGCAUUCAUUCUCUUUUUUCAUUUCUUAUUGAUUAGCUCGAGAGCUAGCUCCGCGAUCG